AUGGCGAAGAGCGCCGCUACCGCCACCACCGCGGAGGAGUACUUGUCUUGCUGGCGCGGCCCACUCGGCGGCUACACGAAGGCCGCGGGCGCCUUCCGGUGGCUGCUCCUCGUCUGCAUCCCCGCCUUCGGCCACUGCGCGUCCGCCGUGCCUAGCCCGACGGCGGUGGCCUCGGCCUUCUCGUCUGCUGUCGCCUCAGCAGCCUCCGUCGCCUCGGCAGCGUCCUCUACCUUCUCCGCCGUCGCCUCGAAGGCGUCCUCGCUCGUGAGCUGCUCGCCGCUUCUCAUGCCCGCCCUCGUGCUCAUCCUCCUCGCCAUCGCCUGCGGUGCCUCCUGGCCGACCGCGGCGAGCGGAAAGGGGGCUCGGCGCGGCGUGGCGUGGGCCGUCUGCGUCGCCGCCGCCGCGGCGUGCCUCCCCGGCGCAGCAGCGGCUUCCGCGUCGAGCAUGACGGCUGCUGGCAUGGACAGCACCGUUGAUGCCUUCUCGUCAUCGAUGCAGCACCCGCGGGAGGCGCUGUGGGCUGCAAUACUCGUUAUCGCUUUGCAGGUGGCGACGCUGUUGAUGCAACUUGGCAGCGCCACCGAACGUUCGCUCGAGUACUCGACCUACGACACAGGGACGUAUAUGGACCUCGUCGCUGCCUGUCUCAAGGCGGGCGCGAUGCUUUCACAAAGUCCAAGCCUCAUCCACACAUUCCAUGGCGACCCACUUGCUGCGUAUCCUACUCCGUCCGGCACGGUGUUUGCCACAUCGAACCUGACAGCUGCUGGCGAUCACUGCUAUCACCUGAACGCAAGUUUAGUUGUCGAGGACUGCAGCGGUAAGUGGGAUCAGUAUGCGCAGUGUGAGCAGCACCUCACCGAGCAGUGGAAUCAGCUACCGGAAUGCAGUUAUUGGAAGGGCGAGCAGUGUGACUUACACACUGCAAACAGGCUCAGGAACGAUGCUUGCAUGGCGCGACGUCUGCAGUGCCGCAGCGAUGAAGCGUUUGACCAGUUAAAAAUGGACUGUGCAAGCCUCGGAUUGGCGUCUGCAAUGGGCGCUUGCUCCUCGCCGCUCGUUGUUGAUACGGCGCAAUGUGACCUGCCGCACUACCGUGCUCUCGACGUGAGCGAGUCGGCUCAGGUGCAUCGACUCAACAUGUUGGCCUCGAACAAUAUCCACUGUUUCGAUCCAGUCCGCCUAUUCCAAGAGCAAGUUCUUAAAUUGCCCAUCAGCGCAAUUGGCUCAUUCAUCUUCGUCAACUUCCUGCGUGCCGUAGUAGCGCUGUUCGCCGUUUGUGGGGGCUCGACGGGGCUCGGCGGGUGGUUCCUCGAGUCGUUGCUGAUGGGCGUAUCAAUGGGGAUUGGCUCGUCGCUCGGCGAAUUUGAG